GGGGCCUGCGUGUGGCGGCGGCUGGGGCCGGGCGGGCGGAGGCGCUUCAGGAGCCGCCGAAUCUUGACAAAUCACCGAUUCCUCAGGAAUGGAGGAGAGCUUUAAAAGGGCAGCGAGGCUGGGGAGGGGUUUGGAGCGGCUGAGGGAGCUCAGCCUGGAGCAAAGGAGACUCGGGGGACAUCUUACCUGUCUGUGAGGAGGGUGCAGCCAGGCACAGCAGAAAAGCCCCAUCCCCACCUCACUACUGCUCCUGUCAGAGGUUUUUAGAGAGCUGUGAGGUCACCCCUGAGCCUCCUCGAGACUAAACAAGCCCAGCCUCAUAGGACAUGUUUUCUAGCCCCUUUACAAGCCUUGCUCCUCUUCUCUGGACACACUCCAGCCCCUCAAUGUCCUUUUCAAAGUGAGUGGCCCAAAACUGAACACAGCAGUGCCAAGAACAGAGGCACACUCACUUCCCUGGUGCUGCUGGCUGUGCUAUUCCUGCUACAGGCCAAGAUACCCCAGGCCACCAGAGUGAAUAUCAAAGCCCUGUGCCACUGGUGGAGGCUCUGACAGCAGAAGAGCCAGGCGCGGGUCACGGGCUGCCAGAGCCGCCGGGGAAACAGCAGGGACACGGCGUGAGAGACACCCGGGGGGCAGCGGAGUACCCGGGCCGCGACACGCACUGAGGCCACCAGCGGGGGACAGCGUUUGCCACAGCCACAGGGCCACCAGCGGGGGACAAGGCUUCAAGGAUCAUGGCUGCCAUCGAGGAGCGCACCUUCAUUGCCAUCAAGCCUGACGGGGUCCAGAGGGGGCUGGUGGGGGAGAUCAUCACACGCUUUGAGAAGAAAGGAUUCAAACUGGUAGCCAUGAAAUUAAUACAUGCUUCUGAGGACCUCCUGAGGGAACACUACAUUGACCUCAAGGACCGGCCGUUCUACGAUGGCCUGGUGCAGUACAUGCACUCGGGACCUGUUGUAGCCAUGGUGUGGGAAGGUCUUAAUGUGAUUAAGACUGGAAGAGUGAUGCUGGGGGAAACCAAUCCAUUCGAUUCCAAGCCCGGCACUAUUCGUGGGGACUUCUGUGUCCAAGUUGGAAAGAACAUCAUUCAUGGUAGUGAUUCUGUGGAAAGUGCUGAGACAGAGAUCAAUUUAUGGUUCACUCCUGAAGAACUGGUCGAUUACAGAAGCUGUGCUCAUGAGUGGAUCUAUGAUUAACACCCAGCCUGGAUCUUCUGAUAUUCCCAUGUCCAUGAGCAGCUGCCAGCCUCUAGCUAUUCCAAAGAAUUCCCUGGUAGAAACCUCAGAAAACAGUGAAAUUGCUCUGUUGUGGAUUUUAGAGUCAGUGCUUGCUGCUCCUUUGAUUUAAAAGUCGUCAAGUUAUAGAUGGAAUUGCACAUUUUAAAAGCUGCUUCUGGGAUUGAGAGAUAUGACAUGAAAACACAGAAUAGAUAACAUAUAUUUUUCCGAAGCAUUUUAUAGUCAUAGAGGGUAUUUUGGUAAACAUUUAAAAAAUGGGUAAAAAUUUAUUUGGUAAAUAAAUACGCAAAUGGCUCAGAGUCAGAGGUUAACUUUGCUAAAACAUUAGAGGACAACUGAUGGUGUGUAAAUGCAUAGAUAAUAUGCCCAAAUGUUGAGGAUUUACUUAAUAUUUUAAGUCAAGUGUUUCCCCAUUCCUAAAAUGGCUGCAGAAAAAAGCCCAUUUCUCUCCCCAGAGCAUGCUGUGCCCAUAAAGAGCUUAAAUGACAACUGACUUCCACACUGACACUGUUUCAACUCGCUCUUUUUUCCUUCCACAUGGGAUUUAUGUAGUAUUUUAAGGACCGAUUAACCAGCCUGGCUUGAUGAAAUGUCCUUUUAUGUGAAAAGAAGAUUAAUGUGAGGAUGGAUGAGGGAGAUUCUACCUUUAGCCACAGAGUGCAGCACCUCUCUGCCAUUGCACAGAGCAGUAAGUGGUGUUUGCUUUGACAUCUCAACAGCUGGUAAUUUAGCUGGUACUCAUUAGUGUACUUUCCUCAUUAGCUGGAACUACAAAGCAAAUGGUCCCUGGAUAAGUUGUUUUAGAAGCAACUUUAUCACUAUCAUUUUCUAUUUAUUUAAUGAUGUCAAGAAGUAGAGUCAUAAUAAUGCAGAAGGUGUUUCAGUUUCAACAGCAAAAGUUGUACUGGAUGAGGAAGUUGGGAUUGAUAUUAUGUAUUUAUUUCCCUGCAACAUUUUAUUCACUAAGAGCAAGAGUUUCAUGGAAUCAGUUGCUCAAGCCCAAUGAUUUUUUCCCCCCACAGUGAGUUCUUGCAUGUGAAUACUGAACUAUGCAGUGAAUGUUGAAGGCUUAUGAUACCUUAUGGUGAUAUCGAGCUCCUAAAAAGAGAUG